AUUGCAAAGUCAAAGGUUAUAAUUUUUGUACAGCUUCUGUCAAUAGCGUGUUUAAGGGGACGAGUGAUACGUCUCCAUGGUGCAACAAACUCACCGAAAGUGUGAGACUAGUGAGGGUUUGAUUAGCGUGUGCUGUAGUGAAGGGAAGUGAAGGGGAGGGGAGUGAGGUGCGGGGAGUGGGGGGUUUAGACUCCGCGUUGGUUCUGCAGCUGCCGCUGCUACUGCCGCUGCCAGCUGCGGCUCCUCCGUGGAAGGCCGAGAACUGGUUUCUACAAGAACAAUUUGCGUGGGCCAAGUCUGUUCAGGCUCAACUCUCAUCUCGAUAGAAGCAGUUCUUCUGAUCGUUGACGAAUGUUCCGCUCGAACACCGGCGAGUAGGAAGGGAAAGCGGAAUUGUUGUCGAGUAGACGUGUCUCAGCUGCAGCUGAGAAGCGAUUCACUAGCGUGGAUUGUUCGGCGACGAUUCCAUGGCAGAUCGUGUCUAUCCGGAGAAGAAUGUUGUCUCCGGAGCUCCUCCUCACGGAGCGUAUUACAAUCUGAAGGAUGAGACGGCUGCGCCAGUUCCCGAAGAUUUUGACGGCCGAGAGGGCAGGAGACGAGACCCCUGCUGUAGGUGCGCUGCCUGGUUCUGUGGCAUUCUCGUUGCCCUCAUUUUCGCCAUCGGCAUCGCUGUUCUCGUCUUCUUCCUGGUCGUGCACCCCAAGGCUCCCAAGUACAACGUGAAGGAUGUCAAACUGGCUACUUUCUCCGUCAGCCCCUCUUCCUCGGACCCGAGCAAAUAUGUGCUGAAUGCGCUGACACAGUACGAGGUCGAAGCUCGUAAUCCCAAUCAGAAAAUCGGCAUCUACUAUGACGCAAUCAAUAUUGAUGUGCUCUCCGAAGGGGUAUCUAUCGGCGCCGGAGACAUUCCUUCCUUUUAUCAAGGUCACAAGAAUACCACUGUCAUUACCGGGGACCUGCGUGCCAGUGAUGUACCCUUGGAAUCCACCGUCGGGCAAGCUCUGCAAAGCGCCCAGAGCGUAGGCAGGAUUCCGUUGUAUGUCACCGUGGAUGUGCGCGCACGUAUCAGGAUCGGUGCCUGGAAAUCUCCCCAUUUCUGGGUCCAUGUAAGAUGCAACGUCUCUGUGAAUCCGGAUGUCUUGAACGGUUCUCAAGUUGUGAGUAAACAAUGCGAAGUGAAGCGAUGAUAAGGUCACAGACGAGCUUGCGUAGAAGAGGAACGUUUUUCUUUGUACUCAAUAUUGCGACUUUGUAGUGUAACAGUUGCAGAGAAGUCAAUGUGCGAUAGCUUUUAGACCGCUAGAGAAUUAGUCCAGGUAUUAGCCGAAUUUAUACUGUAGAUAUAGAUGCCUUUGAUUCAAAUUACCGAGGUAAGAUUUUUUUGAUGUAUUUGAUUCAUUCAACUGAUUUCCUGAUUCCUGUUGACAUC